CUUCAGCACAAUAGUAAUAGUUAAUCAUGCCAAAAAAGAGAGCUUCCAACGGUAGAAACAAGAAGGGUAGAGGUCACGUCAAGCCAGUCAGAUGUUUGAACUGUGCCAGAUGUGUUCCAAAGGAUAAGGCCAUCAAGAGAGUCACUAUCAGAAACAUGGUUGAAGCCGCUGCUGUUAGAGAUUUGUCUGAAGCUUCCGUCUACGCUGAAUACGCUUUGCCAAAGUUGUACAACAAAUUGCACUACUGUGUCUCCUGUGCUAUCCACGCCAGAAUUGUCAGAGUCAGAUCUAGAACCGACAGAAGAGUUAGAGCUCCACCACAACGUAAGAGAUUCAACACUGACAGAAAGGUUUCUCCUCAAGAUGCCGCCAAGAAGGCCAACUAAAUUAGAUUUGUCUAACUAGUGUAUACUUCUCUAUUUUCGUUUGUAUAAAAGCAAAUAAAGUACUAUAAAAAAGUAGACCCAACCAUGUAGUUU